AUGGAGCCGGACGACGUGGCGGAGUACAGCCGCCAGAGCUACUGGGAGUGGCGCUACAGCCGGGAGGCGCAGCACGAAUGGUUCUCGUCCGUCCACCAGGCUGUGGUGCUGGCGCUCUGUGACGAGCUGCAGAAGGUGCUUGGGCUGCGUGAGGCGCGGGGUGCCACGGUGGCCGGCGCGGGACACGGCGGCCGGCCGGUGUUGCGCGUGCUGCACCUGGGCACCGGGAACUCGUCACUCUGCAUGGACCUCCACGAGGCCGUGCAGGCGCGCCAGCUCCCAAUUACCCUGGAGCAGGUGGCGAUGGACUACGCCCCCAACGUCAUCGCGAACAUGCAGGCGAAGUACCCGCCCGAGGUGCUGCCAAACACGACGUGGCGGGUGGGCGACGUGCGCCGUCUUGAGGCGUUUCGUUCUCUGGGUCCCUUUGACGCGAUUAUUGACAAGGGCGUGAUGGACGCAAUGGUGGCCGAUAAGGAGAGUCCGACGAUGGAGGACGACAUCGCGGCUAUGCUGCACGGCGUCGAUGGGCUCCUGCGACACGCCAAGGGAUACGGCGCUUUCAUGCAGAUCACGUGGCUGGAGCCUUACAUGCGGCUGCACUAUACGAAGGGGGACGCGUUCGCGUGGGGCGAGCAGGUGCGUCACACGCUUCUCGGCGACAGCGAUAAGUACCGUCUCUUUGUGUACACCGUAAAGCCCUAA